AUGAAGCAGAAGUACCAAGGGAACCAGAGGGUUCAAAGUGCUCAGUUACAGAGGCUAAGACGUGACUUUGAGGUGUUGGAGAUGAAGGAAGGAGAAGCCAUAGCAAAGUACUUCUCGAGAGUAAUGCUUGUGGUGAAUGACAUGCGUAAUCUUGGAGAAGAGAUGGCUGACUCAAAGGUGGUAGAGAAGAUUUUGAGAACGCUUGUUGAGAAGUUCACAUAUGUUGUGUGUGCGAUUGAGGAAUCCAACGACAUAAAGGAUCUUACGGUUGAUGGAUUGCAGAGCUCCUUAAUGGUGCAUGAGCAGAAGCUAAUCAGACACGUAGGAGAAGAACAUGCUCUGAAGAUAGAGGGAAGAUGGAAGUCUGAUGGAAGUAGAGGUCGGGGAAGUGCCAACUUUAGAGGACGAUGA